AUGGAUACCAAAAUAGACGAAACGAUCAGUGUGACAACGACACCCGCUGCCAGUAUCCCCCACUCUACCGACUCCGACAAUGACAAUGGUGAGGAAAUCAUCAAUUGGGAGGAGGAAGCAACAGCAAUUAUAAAUGAUGUCAAGACCCAUGUAGCCGAAAUUGAAAUAUCCAAAGUGCUGCCGAGCAAUGAAAGUCACAUUUAUAUGAAUAUACGGACCUUUGAGGGUGCCACCUAUUGUAUACAUGUCAGUAGUAUGGGAUUUCGUGUGGUGUCCGAGAUGUACAAUACCAUAGACGAGGAUAAGACCGAGGUGAAUGAAGAUGAGGUAUACGAGACACCAUAUGCCCUGCUGGAUAAAAUUAGCCCCCGUUAUGUUGAGUCCUUUGGUAAUCAAUUGUGUAAGCAGUUACUGGCAUUGCAACAAAUGCGUACCGAAUUCAAGGAAGAAGAUGAGGAGGGGCUCGAAGAAGAGGAGGAGGAUGAGUAG